AUGGUCCUAGCAGCUACCCGGCGAUUUCUAACUCUCUGCACCUCCCUCUUAGAGACCUGGAAUCUGCCGGUGCUGAAGGGGACGCAGCUUGAGCUCUAUUUAAUCUCUGUUUAUUGUCCAAGCUCGCCCCCCUUUAGUAUCGCUAGCUAG